ACAUAUUACACCUUGAGCAAAAACUUUUACAAAAACCCUGUUAUAAUUGGGCGCGCCGAUUCCAGGAUCUCUGCUUUCAAGUUAAACAUUUAAUCAAAACCGACUGCAAUUGCUUCUAGUUUUGCUUGAUCGGGUAUGCGAAUGAAUUAUAAUUUUGUGUUAUGUGUUGGAGUCGGACGAUAAAAAAGAGGGAUAUGCAAUUGCUUCUUGUUUCGCUAGAUCCAUUCAAGGAAAUCGCGGUUUCUUUUUCUAAUUAAUUCAAAGCCCAUGAUGAAAUUGAAGAAGUUAUCGACGAAUUUGGCACAAAUACCAUCCAUGCGUAAGAAGUUUAGCUCUUUAGCAGCAGCAGCAGGAAUUCAGAAGGAGAAGACGGAUUGUGUGGUGAUAGGGGCGGGUGUUGUGGGAAUAGCUGUAGCCAGAGAAUUGUGUUUGAAUCAUAAUAGAAAUGUUUUAGUGAUCGAAUCCGCUUCCACUUUCGGCACCGGUAGCAGUUCGCGUAAUAGCGAAGUUAUUCAUGGCGGAAUCUAUUACCCUCCCAAUUCUCUCAAGGCUCGUUUUUGUGUUAGAGGAAGAAGGUUACUAUAUGAAUACUGUAAGGAACAUGGGAUUCCACAUAAGCAAAUUGGGAAGCUAAUAGUAGCUUGUGGACAUGAAGAGAUUCCAAAGUUGAAUUAUCUGUUGAAUCGUGGGAAUGAAAAUGGAGUUGAAGGGCUAAGAAUGAUGAAGGGAUCUGAUGCAAUGAAAUUGGAGCCUGAGUUGCAAUGCCUGAAAGCUUUAUGGUCUCCAACUUCAGGAAUAAUCGAUUCACAUUCCUUAAUGCUCUCACUAAUGGGUGAAGCAGAAACUCAUGGAACAAUUUUUUCUUACAACUCAACUGUGAUUGGUGCUCAUAUAGAAGGAAAUCAAAUUAAUCUCCACAUUUCUGAGACCAAAUCUUUAAAAAACUUGGAUUCAAAGUCUCAAGGGAACCCGGAUAUUAUACUUCUCCCUAAACUUGUAGUCAACGCUGCAGGGUUGACUUCUACAGCUCUUGCAAGGCGUUUUCAUGGCAUAAAUCAUGGAGUGAUUCCUCAAUCUUAUUAUGCACGUGGAUGUUAUUUUUCUUUAUCGAAUAUUACGGUUUCGCCAUUUAAACACUUGAUUUAUCCUAUACCUGAAGAUGGUGGUCUUGGGGUUCAUGUUACUUUGGAUCUUGAUGGAAAUGUCAAAUUUGGCCCUGAUGUUGAAUGGCUUAGUGAUAUAGAUGAUAUCUCAAGUAUGCAAAACAAGUUUGACUAUACGGUAUGUGCUGACCGUGCCAACAAAUUCUAUCUGGCAAUUAGGCGGUACUACCCUUCUUUAAAUGACGCGGCCCUGCAACCUGCUUAUGCUGGCAUCAGACCAAAAAUUUCUGGCCCAGGAGACGCAUUUUCUGAUUUUCUCAUUCAGGGAGAGGAGGGUCAUGGGAUACGGGGACUUGUAAACCUCUUUGGGAUCGAGUCUCCCGGUCUAACAUCAAGUAUGGCAAUUGCAGAGCAUGUUGCAGCCAAGCUAUCAAGAUUCUAAGUUUCUAUUGGCCCAUGAUUUACUUAUUGUUCUAAUUUUUACAUUUUUAUUGGAAAAAAAUACAGAAAAACACAU